CCUUAGAAAAUGAAAUUGAAUCUCUUCUUAUGUAAUGAUCAAUCACAUAUCUCACAAUUUCAGGAACCCAGAAAGAGGACGACUUGUCUCUUUUACCUCCAAAAGGGUUCCUGAUUAUUGUUUCUUUCUUUGCUACAAUUUUCUCUUGUAUUAAUAAUUUUUAAAAAACCAAAAUUUUCUUAAUUCUUGAUUCUUUUGUUAGAGAUUCUUCUCUCUGCUUUCUUCUGUGUUUUUUUUCGUUUCCAGUUCGAUGAUGGAUGGUAGAGAUGAUAAAGCUCGCCAAGAAGCAAAACAUGUCUCUCACGAAGAUACUCAUUCUCCUCUGCAAAGGGAUGGAGUUUCUGCUGAGAUAGCAGAAGAAGAAGAAGAAGAAGAAGAGCAAUCACCAGGCCGAGACCUAUGGAGGCGAGGCCUUGUGCUAGAUUUACCAUCAACAACAAUACAUGAAGAUACUAGAGAUGAUGAUCUAUUGAGACGAAAUGCAUCUUUGACAUCAAGUCCUGUUGCCAAAAGAGUCAACUUCUCUCCAAUGUCAAGUCCUAGAAUCGGGCAACGUGGUGCAUCCCUCAGUCCUUCUUCUUCUUCCUCUCCAAGAAACAAGCCUACUAGCUUGAAGAAUCUAAUCCCCAAGUUAAGCUUCAAGAACCGGAACAGCAAUAACAAUAACGUAGAUAUCGAGAAAGCUGCAGAUUUUUCCUUUGUGUCCUCCCCUUCUACAGGACAUGGCAGAGACAGGUCAACAUGGACUCUCACUAAUAUUUUAACUCCAAGAUUGAAGAAAACUGAGUCCUUGCCUGUAACCCCUAUAGCUCACUCAAAUCCUGAGUCCAUGCACGGGAGAUACGUUGUUGAUCCAGUUACUCCCACGAAAAAAGGGCCUCCACUGCCUAUUAUUCACCGUUCACGCUCUGUCCCUGCAUUCAAUAAAGAUGGAAGUCUAAGGCAAUUAGGUGUUUUCCGGGUGAUUCCAACUCCGAACAUGACGCCAGCCAGAAAUACUAUUAAACUUAAUGACGCAAAUGUUGAUGGCGCUGAAGAUGUUCCGGAAGAAGAAGCUGUGUGUAGAAUCUGCAUGGUCGAACUGGGAGAAGAUUCAGAAGCCUUCAAGAUGGAAUGUAUGUGUAAAGGCGAACUAGCUCUUGCCCACAAAGAAUGUACAAUCAAAUGGUUCACCAUUAAAGGAAACAGAACAUGUGAUGUGUGCAAGCAAGAGGUUCAGAAUCUCCCUGUCACCCUUCUUCGCAUGCAGCAGAAUUCUCAGGGUAAUCGUGGAGCUGCAGAUACCGAUGCUUCACACUACAGUGUAUGGCAGGAUGUUCCAAUUCUUGUCAUUGUAAGCAUGCUUGCAUACUUCUGUUUCCUAGAGCAGCUUCUGCUUACAAAAAUGAAAUCCGGUGCAAUUGCAAUUUCUUUACCAUUCUCCUGCGUUCUUGGUCUUCUUGCCUCGAUGACUUCAACAACAAUGGUGAAGAAGAGAUAUGUCUGGAUUUACGCCACAACUCAGUUCGGUCUUGUUGUUUUGUUCUCCCACAUUUUCUUUACGUUGGUUCGCAUGCAGCCGGUUGUGGCCAUUCUCUUAGCCACAUUGGUUGGGUUUGGACUCACCAUGAGCGCAACUACAGGUCUAGUAGAGUUUUGGAAAUGGAGGAGACGCCAUAGAACAGCUGAACUUCCAAACAGUAGUCAGGUGGAUCAACCACCAGAUCAGACAAGAGAUGAGAGCAUGUCUGGAUCAAGAAACUGAAGGCAGAGGUCCUGAAUACUAAUUACGUGUUCCAGUAGCGAAGUACAGUAUCGAAAUCAAACUAUUUCGGAUCAAGUUUUCGGGGACAUCUGAAUGGGAGAUAGAUCUAUUUAGAGACGUGAGAACAGAUUGGUCAAUGUGAAUUAAGUAGUGAUGGUUGACGAGAUUAAGGCUCUGUUUUGGGGUUUUCUUUUGUGUUGAGUGUAUAUCAUCUGUUGUGUUUCUAAAGAAAAAGCCAAGAGGAAGAAAGUUUUGUAUCUUCUUGUAUAUUACAAUAUUUUAUAUAUAUAUAUAAAAGGUGAAAGAGAGAGCAGUCAUCUUCUCUGAUUA